UAUUCGGUUAUUACUGUAAAAUGCAUUGGUGAACAAGCCAUUGUAACCAAUAACCAUUAAGUGAAAUCGCUGAAAUCACAGCUAUUCAUUUAUUUGCGACUUUCACCAGAUAAGGAGGAAAAUAAAUGCGGAUCGCAUUAAUUUACAUGUAGAGACGUCACGUGUUUUUCUUACGCGACAACUAUCCGACAAAUGCGUGAAUAACGACAUAUAUUCGUAUGGUAGUUAUAUGAUUUUAAGUGACAGUAACGGAUUUUCCAUAGUCGCCAAACCGACGACAACACGAAAUUUCAUUGCUGGAACUCGCCCAUGCUAAGGCCAGGCCAGCAGAGGGAGUCUCGCCCACUUUCACGUGGCUUCUUGUCUCGCCGUGGUUAAUAGAUUCCAGCUGGUUUUGCAGUCACAGACCCACCUUUCCGAGAUCGCGUUGGUUGUGGGUUCAAAGAAACACACAUGCUGGUGUAAUUUACUUGUAUUUCGGACAUUAGCUUUCUUUUAAAAAUAUAUUACUAAAAAAGGAGGCACUUGUCAAGUGAAGCGAAUCAAACGGAUUCAUCCGAACCAGCAGCGGGACUUGUGGGUGCAGACGGACUUCUGAUCACUGGUUUGAGGAGGCUUUCCACUUUUGAUAAACUUGACCACCACUACCUCCUAUCCAGAACAAGAUGAGUUUCUUGCCCCCAGUACGAAGAGACCGUAUCAUUCCUAAUCUGCCUCAGUGUUACAUAAAGGAAGCAGCUCUGCAGUGCAAAGACACGUUCCACUCCAAAGUCAAGAGAGCCUGUCAAGAUCAGCGAACUGGUACAGUUGGCAGGUUUAAGAUUUCGAAGAUCAUUGUUGUGGGUGACUUGGCAGUGGGGAAAACCUGCCUAAUUAACAGGUUUUGUAAAAACACCUUUGAUAAGAACUACAAAGCCACCAUUGGUGUAGACUUCGAAAUGGAACGUUUUGAGGUCCUUGGGGUCCCAUUUAGCCUGCAGCUAUGGGACACUGCUGGCCAAGAGAGAUUUAAAUGCAUUGCCUCCACCUACUAUCGAGGAGCUCAAGCAAUCAUCAUUGUUUUUGAUGUGAAUGACAUUGCCUCUCUGGAUCACACAAAGCAGUGGCUUCUUGAUGCACUGAAAGAAAAUGAUCCUAAUAAUGUGCUGCUGUUUUUAGUUGGAACCAAAAAAGAUUUAAGCUCAGCUUCCCAGUAUAUGCAAGUUGAACAGGAUGCUAUCAAGAUGGCCAAGGAGAUGAAAGCUGAAUAUUGGGUUGUAUCAUCACUCACAGGAGAAAAUGUGAAUGAAUUCUUCUUUAGGGUCGCAUCCCUAACAUUUGAAACUUGUGUGCUGUCUGAGUUGGAGAAAUCUGAAUCCAGGCGCAUUGGAGAUGUUGUUCGGAUUAAUAGUAACUCGCAUAAUCUGUACGAGACCAAGAAGAAUAAAGCAAACUGCUGCAAGUGACGAUCAAGGCUGAAGUUUUUGUAUGCAGGUUAUAAGUACAGAGGACUGCAUCAAAAGCACUGGACAAAGUGUUUGUUGCGCUGGAGCGGAAAAGAACAAUCUGCACUUUAUUAUCUUAUCACAAAAUUAAGCCUCCACUCAAAGAGGACCAGGCCUUUUUUGAGUUUGGUUAAAGCUUGUAAUGUUUCUAGUACUCCCUCCAGAAUAUGCUAAAAAGAGAAAUGCAUCUGCAAAGUAUUCCUUAAACAAUUGUGCAGCUGGUUCUGCGCUUCAGUGUUCUGUUGUCAACAUAAAGUGAUAGGGACUGCCUUCUAACAGAGAAAGUAAGUCCCAUCUACGUUGAUCUAGCAUCACAGAUGGACAUUUCUAUACAAUUUCCACUGAACAAGAACUACUACUUUAUUGCAAAAAAUAAUAAAAAAAGGUGCUGCCUAUUGAAUAGGUUAACUGCAUAUGAAAAUCAUUUUUUGUCAAACUAUUGUAAUACAAGACAGAACUCUGUCCAAAGACCUCUCAUGUUUUAUACGUUUUUUGGUAUAUUUUAUUAGUAGCCAGUGAUUUGUUUGCAGACUUUGCAUUUUAUAAAUAAAGAAAAAUGCCAAAAUUAGCAGCCUGUUUGGUUUUAGGGUAUGAUUUGGUCUGUAAAUCACAGAUAAGUUACACCAGAUGUGAUAUAAGUGAAAGUGUAACACUUAUUUAACAGGGUAUGUGAUGUAUUUCCAGUCUUCUCUUAAGUAUUAUUUAUUACGUUGGUGUUAAUGAACUAGUUUAAUAUGACAGUAAAGCACUUUUUCAAAUGUUUUUAAAUACACAAAGGUAUUUCAUGUAAUAGCCUGUCUGUAUAAUAGUGUCUUGAAAUAUACAAAAUCACAAACAAGCGAGUAAGUCUAUUAAAAUAUGACCAUUAAAUCUUCUAUGAAUGCUGCUCUAAAACAGGGCACUACUUUAAUUUGUGUAUAUUAGUUGUUUUUUUUUUAAUUGAAGUGGUGAUAUCUAAACACAAAGUUCCUUUCUCUACUUUAAUUGAAGUAAAUACAUCUCUUUGGUGGCCAAAACUCUCAAGACUCUGGGGACUUAAGACUCUGGAAAAUAUCCCCCUGACUAGAGCUCCUGUGAAUAUCACCCAAAGUGUUGCAAUGUGUAUUUCUGUACAGUAUUUGCUGAUAGGAAUGGAAUUUUUGUACAAGUUCUAAGGCUUUGUAGGAAGUUAUGCACUAAUCAUGUGUAACUCUUAAAACUGAUGAAAAGCCAGCUUCCAGAAAUCCUAGUUGAAGUCAUGCAAGAAAAGGGUGGUCAAAUAUAAAAACAAUCUUGCUUGAGUUUUUAACAUUUUGGUGUCUCAUUUAUUAUGAAUUUGUACAGAGUGGUCAGAUAUUUAUACAUAUAAAAAAGUAUUUUACAAAGAAGUUCAUACCUGAAUGACAGAAAAUAUGAAAAGAGUUUACACUAACCAGUCUGUGUCAUAGCCUUCCUCCUACUCUCUGUAUUUAAUACAUUUUUGAAGGAAAAAAAAAAA